AUGACAACCCACCCGUUAACCUACCCCUGCCUACAAACCGUGCUGGAACAUAUGGAACCAAGUCUCCGAAUUAGCUUCUCCCUUCACGCUCCCUCAAUCCGACUGGCUGAGAAGGCGACGCCCAUGAAAAUCGAUAAUCUUCAAAUAGACUGUACCAUGAUUAAAAUCAAUAACACUCAAUACAAGCUAGGUGUUGUCCAGAUCUACAAUGGAGAUGAUAAACCAGACCAAAUUGAAAAGGAUAACAGUACCGGUGGGGUUCCUUAUGACCUGAAUAACCAUGGAGUUCCCGAUUACUCAUUCGAGGACGUCCUGCUACCAGGAGACAUCCUUAUCGCUCAAGACCGUGAAGGUGACGAGCAGCGACGUGCUGCACAAUUUCUACAUCUGCGAGCCGCUCUCAGAGCCGCUACGAUCCGCCUGAGACUGGAAAAAAGAGCCGAGAACCCUCCGAUACCCCAAGAGGUACAAGAGGUACAAGAGGAUGACGUCAUACAGCCUAACGCUGCUUGGGUAGACAGUCAGUAUGAAAUCUGGAAUCGAAUGGAUGCCGUGGAUUGCAAAUUUAUUGAGAGUAACCAAUGGAGUGUUCUACCGCAUCAGUUGCAAGAGGAUGGUGGUGUAUACCCGUUCGAGAAUUACUUACAGUUUACUAAGAGCUCGGAGGGUUCGGAGAGCUCCAAGAGCUUGGAGAGGCUAACCUACACGAAGAAACUCCCUGAAGCUAUGAAGCAUUUGCUCAACCAAAUACUUGGAAACCGGAAGAAAAACUUACAUGUCAAAAAUUUCAAGCCUGCUGACACAGGGAUUCUACGAGUCCCUCAAGGCUUCAAGCUGACGACUCUGAAAAUUCAAGUCGGCAAGAACCUAGCCAAGACUCUGCACGCUCUCUAA